GGGUUCUCUUAUCAAAAAUCCAGAUUCACAUUGAAAAAUAAGUCCUAUAUUGUUUAGGAUUUGGUCUAGUUUGUUUAAUUCAUGUCUAAAUAGAUUUUCUAUUCCUAGUUAAAGUGGGAAUUAUAUCAUUAUAAAUAUGGGUGUUUUGAAGAGAUUAAGAGUGAAUGAAAUCAAAACCUCCUACGUCUUUCUCUAUAUAGUUUGCUAGAUUUUCUUCUAUACAGCCAUAUAUAUAUAUAUAUUGCCAUCAUGGAGAGAAGCUUAACAAGCAAACCAGUAUGGAAAAAUUACCAGGUUAUUAGCGGCCAUUCGGGAUGGGUGCGAUCAGUUGCGGUGGAUCCUAGUAAUACUUGGUUCUGUACAGGUUCUGCAGAUCGUACUAUCAAGAUAUGGGAUCUAGCAAGUGGUAGGCUAAAGGUCACGUUAACAGGUCAUGUUGAGCAAAUAAGAGGCCUUGCUGUUAGCAACAAAAACACAUACAUGUUCUCGGCUGGCGAUGAUAAGCAAGUUAAAUGCUGGGAUCUCGAACAAAAUAAGGCAGUCCACUCCUUUCAGGGCCAUCUGAGUGGUGUUUACUGCUUGGCUCUUCAUCCCACAAUUGAUGUGUUGUUCACAGGGGGUAGGGAUUGUGUCUGUAGGAUGUGGGAUAUUCGAAGCAAAACUCAAAUCCAUGCUCUGUCCGGACAUGGAAACACUGUUUCCUCCGUUUUAACUCGGCCACUGGAUCCUCAAGUUGUGACUGGCUCUCACGACUCAACCAUAACGUUAUGGGACAUUAGAUAUGGUAAGGUGAUGACAACACUCACACAUCACAAUAAAUCAGUCCGAGCAAUAGCUCAGCAUCCCAAGGAAGAUUAUGCUUUUGCUUCUGCAUCAACUGACGGCAACAUAAAGAAAUUCAAUCUUCCAAAAGGAGAAUUUUUGCAUGAUAUGCUUCCGCAACAGAAGACCAUAAUUAAUGCAAUGGCGGUCAAUGAUGCAGGUGUAAUGGCCACAGGAGGUGACAAUGGAAGCUUGUGGUUUUGGGAUUGGACAAGCGGUCACAAUGUCCAGCAAGCUCAAACAAUGGUUCAACCUGGAUCUUCGGAUAGUGAGGCUGGUAUCUAUGCCCUCGCCUAUGAUGUGACUGGCACGAGACUUAUUAGUUGUGAAGCUGACAAGACCAUCAAGAUGUGGAAGCAAGAUGAAACUGCUACACUAGAAAUUUGAAUGGUGUUAGAGAAUAUAUUUAGUCUCCACCGUUGCUCGCAGAAUAAUAGUAUUUCCAUUUGUUUUUGGUUUACGCGCUGAUGUUUUGUUUUAAUUCCAAGUUUCUUCAGGCAGAUUGCUUAAUUUGUUUCCUGCAGUUUCCUUUUCUUUAUUGUUUAGUUGUUAUAGGCUAUUUGCUUUUCUUUUCUACGUGAAGCAAUAAUGGAAAAUUCACAUAUUCCAUCC